GACGCGCUGGGCGCGGAGGCACGGCUGGAGCCACCUCUCCUUCCAGCUGUGUGCCGGAUCCGCGCGACGCCAGCGGCCAGGGCAGCCCCGGGGCCAGCGGUGUCUGGACACUCCCAAGUCCUCAGCGCGGCCAGCCUCGGGGCUCUGGCCCGCGGGUGAUUGUUUUCUGGUUUUGGGAUUUUGUUAUUAACCACGUUACCCGCUGCUGGGCUUAACAUCAAGUUGACUGCCGGAUGGUUAGCCGCCCCGCCAGCCGUGGAAACGUGAUAAGAGCCGUACCGUUUGCAGAAGGAAAUUUCUGAUGCAACGCUCCGCCUUUUCUCAUGGCGUCUCCAAAUGCCUGGCCUGCCUGGCGAGGGUACUUGAGCUUCUUCGAGGUUGACCAGGAUGCUGAGAAGCAGGCGGGAGCAGCUGGGAGAAGAGUCCCAGUGAUCGGCAGCUCGGACCUCACUUGGGUCCCCUCAGCCAAAGCCAGGGCCAGCCACGUCUUGGUCAGACGGAGCCUCUCUGAGCAAACUCUUGAGAGGUGCUGCAACGCAGUAAUUUGAAGAAGGCAAGAAGGAACCAAUGGCUUUAGCUGGCUGCCCAGAUUCCUUUUUGCACCAUCCGUACUACCAGGAUAAGGUCAAGCAGACUUCUCCUCCCAGUCAGAGAGACCUGGGAGAACGUGGGUUCCCAGCACAGGCUAACCGACUCGGGAAUCAGCAAGAGGAUGACGUGGACUUGGAGGCUCUGGUGAACGACAUGAACGCGUCCUUCGAGAGCGUGCACUCAGCCUGCGGCGUGCAGAGCGAGACGGUGCCGCUCCUUCAGAAUGGCCAGCACAGCCGCAGCCAGCUGCCCAGCUCAGGAACGAAGUCCCUCCAGGCACAGGCGUCCCCACGACCGAAGGUGCAGCGCUCGCAGCCUGUGCACAUCCUCGCUGUCAGGCGCCUCCAGGAAGAAGAUCAGCAGUUCAGAACCUCCUCGCUGCCAGCCAUCCCCAACCCUUUCCCUGAGCUCUGUGGCCCCAGGAGCUCCCCUGUGCUCACGCCGGGCUCCCUACCUCCGAGCCAGUCCACGGCCAAGCAGGAUGUUAAAGUCUUUAGUGAAGACGGGACGAGCAAAGUGGUGGAGAUUUUAGCAGACAUGACAGCCAGGGACCUGUGCCAGCUGCUGGUUUACAAAAGUCACUGCGUGGACGACAACAGCUGGACGCUGGUGGAGCAGCACCCACACCUGGGACUGGAAAGGUGCCUGGAGGACCAUGAACUGGUGGUCCAGGUGGAAAAUACCAUGGCAAAUGAAAGUAAAUUUUUAUUCAGGAAGAAUUAUGCAAAAUACGAGUUUUUUAAAAACCCUAUGAACUUCUUCCCAGAGCAGAUGGUUACUUGGUGUCAGCAGUCAAAUGGCAGUAUUCCCCAAACACAGCUUUUGCAGAAUUUUUUAAACUCCAGUAGUUGUCCCGAAAUCCAAGGGUUUUUGCAUGUGAAAGAGCUGGGAAGGAAAUCAUGGAAAAAGCUAUACCUGUGUUUGAGAAGAUCGGGACUUUAUUGCUCCACAAAAGGAACUUCAAAGGAGCCCAGACACUUGCAGUUGCUGGCGGACCUGGAGGACAGCAACGUCUUCUCCCUGAUUGCCGGCAGGAAGCAGUGCAGUGCCCCCACGGACUACGGCUUCUGUAUAAAGCCAAACAGAGUAAGGAACGAAACUAAAGAGCUGAGGUUCCUAUGUGCAGAGGAUGAGCAGAGCAGGAUGUGCUGGAUGACGGCAUUCAGACUCCUCAAGUAUGGAAUGCUCCUCUACCAGAAUUACAGAAUCCCUCAGCAGAGGAAAGCCUUGCUCUCCCCCUUCUCAACGCCAGUGCGCAGUGUCUCUGAGAACUCUCUCGUGGCAAUGGAUUUUUCUGGGCAAACAGGAAGAGUGAUAGAGAAUCCAGCAGAGGCUGAGAGUGCAGCCCUAGAAGAGGGCCAUGCCUGGAGGAAGCGAAGCACGCGGAUGAAUGUCCUAGGUAGCCAAAGUCCCCUCCACCCUUCUACCCUAAGCACAGUGAUUCACAGGACACAACACUGGUUCCACGGCAGGAUUUCCAGGGAGGAAUCACACAGGAUCAUUAAACAGCAAGGACUUGUGGAUGGGCUUUUUCUCCUCCGUGACAGCCAGAGUAAUCCAAAGGCAUUUGUACUUACACUAUGUCAUCACCAGAAAAUAAAAAACUUCCAGAUCUUACCUUGUGAGGACGAGGGACAGAUGUUCUUCAGCCUUGACGACGGGAACACUAAGUUCUCUGACCUGAUCCAGCUUGUUGACUUUUACCAGCUAAACAAGGGCGUUCUGCCUUGCAAACUCAAGCACCACUGCAUCCGCGUGGCCUUAUGACCUCAGCUUUGCUCUUGGCUGAAGACUGGAGGAAGUUACACUGGAAUGACGGAGAGGUCUGUACGUCCGCUGAGAACACACUUCUGUACCGCACGUUGGGACUCAGCCCGGACAGACAUGGGUUCGUUCGGUGCCAGCUGACCAAGAUUGACUAGUUUAUUGGACCUAGAGAUGAUUUGCUGCUGAGAACCCAGCAGGAUCGCCUCCUUCUCUGCGUUUGCCAAAUCAGGCAGGGUAUGGAAAACCAAGCGCAAAUUGGAGAAUAAACUGGAAUGAUCAUCUUGGUUGGGCCACGUAGGAACAAGAACCGAGGAGAAGUAAUCGGAAUGGACUCUUGCCCUGGAAUAAUCUUGACAAUUAAAACUGAUAUGUUUACUUUUUUUGUAUUGAUCACUUUUUUGCACUCCUUUGUUUUCAAUAUUGUAUUCAGCCUCUGUUAGGAGGAGAUGGGGCUUUUCAGUUCAUACAGGACAUACAAACAGCUUCAAGUGGGCAGAAUUCAAAGACUUAAUGUGGGUCCUCCAGUGUUUCCAGAGGGCUGUUCCCCCCUCUGCAGAUGACCACGGUGUGGAUUCAGCUCCCAAAUAACAAACCACCCCAACCCCGUCCCGGUAUACUUGAAAAACUUUUUUUUUAAAUAAAAGGUGUCAACUGUGGUAGGCAUUUGGCAUGUUUUUUGGGGCUCAGACCGCAGGCUGUUAACCAUGUCUCUAUGCACAGGUGUCCAGUACUUCUGUUAUUAACAUGUCAUGUCCUCCACAGUCUAGGAGACGUUAUUUCUCUGGAAGAGUCACUGUCCACAGCAAGCAGGUCUGGCUGGCCUGGCCUCUGAUGGAACAUAGGCCAGCCUUCCUGAGGCACACCUAGUACCCACAGUCUACCAGCAGUGCCACGGCCUCCGCUGGGGGCACUCAGCCUCACAUUUUUCACAGCCUUCAGCCUGUUCUAGAGUGAUCACUGCCUUACCGCCCAGCGCGGUGGUGUGAGUCGUUACACAGCUGAUCUCCCCCAGGAGAUGACAGGGUCUCAACAGAAAAUGGCACCUGGUUUGCAUCCCACGGUGUCCUGUGGGUUUCCAUGGUGAUAAAAGGGCACAGACACCACCUGACAUUUAAAGGUCUUUGCUUUAGGACCUCCAUCCUGCUGUAAACCCCAUAAGCCAGUGAAUGCCAGGCAGCUAGAGGCUCCUCCACCCCUGGCUUGGGGUCAGAAGUACUUCACCAUGAUUGUGGACAUGGAAGAGUUCUAGUUACGCAACACUUUGCUCCUGGCUCUGGGAGAUGAGUCAGAUGCUUAGUCCCCUCCGCCCCUGACCUCUAACUCCACCUCCAGUUACCACACUUGUUACCAUUUCCCCUUAGCGGAGUUUUGAUGUAUGAGAGUGGCUAUUUACCUUUGAUCUCUGCAAAGCAGCAAGGGCUCCCUUGACAAAAAGACUACUGUGGUGAACAAAAUGAUUUCCUUUUCUGAGAUAGAACAUUUGACUCUUUGCUCUGAAUAUAUGCUAGCCUAAAACCCACCCUGCUGAAGUGCUCCCGAGGAACAGCAUCUACUGGCUCUUCAGCUGUUAUGCCGCGUUUAGGACAGACACGUGACAAGCUUCCAUAACAUGUAACAGCUCUAAGUCAGUCUAUGACAUAGAAACACUGUAUUUUAGUUUUCAGAUCAUGCUCCAGUAUUUUCCAUAGUGUGUCUACUUAUAAAAUUGAAGAAUUUUUGGUAAAACGUAUUUUUAACCAUAAAUGCUAAAGUGCAUUUUCUUCCUUUUAUAUCCAGUUAGCCUUUCAGACAGCUGACAAGUAGGUAAGAGCCAAGUUCAGAGCGGGCUCAGGCUUCCACUGAACUUCACUUUAAGGAAGGAGACUUUGGUUAUACCAUUAUUCUUUGUUUCUCUUCAAUGGUUUGAAGUAAAACCUUUUCUUUUUUGAACCUUUAGGAUUUCUGUUUUCUGUUUACGUAGACAAGUUCCGUUAAGACAUAAUCUCUCCCUCACACCUCUCUCCAAUAGACAGCUAGGAUUUGCAGUAUUCCAUAUUUAUGUGUUUUAUUUAAAGAGAUCAAAAGUUUUGACUCUGAUUCCAAUUUUGUACGUAGAUGGUUGACGUGCUCUUUUGUACUUUUCCAGCCUAAGUGAAUUGUCAAAGAAUGUACACUGCCUUAGCACAGCCACUGCCUUCCUGCAGCCCCUUGCUCACUUGCCUUUGUGCGGGGUAGCUGGGAAUUCCACCUGAAAACAAAACAAAACAGGAAAACAAAUCCCUCGAGUCUGCUAGCUUCUGGCUCAGCAAACCAAGGGCUGAAGGACAUUUCACUUUUAUUUUUGUAUUUAAACAACAUGAAUGUAAAGGGGACAGCUCAGGGUUGUUGUGGAGCCUGUUGAAUUUUUAUCUCUGCCUGUGAUUUUGUUUUCUAAGUGAAUAAUUCAUGUAGCAACCUGGACAAAGUUGAGAAGGAAAAUGCCAAAUGCUUUUGGGAUUUAGAGUUUAAUAGGCCAGCUCUGUUACAUCAGGAUUUGGAGUUCCAGAAAGUUCGUUUGUUAAACCUUGAAGAAAUAUGUGCCUCAGUCUGGAUGUUUUGUCUUCUCUUUUCUUCACUCAAUACCUAACAGAUUGACCAAUCAGUGCACCUUUCCAGGGGCGAGACCGGCGCAUUGUAGAUCGAGUUGUCACGGCGCAAGCUGUAGGGACUGCACAACGGCCCGAUGUUUAAAAGAUUUCAGGGAAUGCAAAAGGUAUUAACUUAAAGAGACAAAACCUUUAUUCCAUGUGCUUUGCUUCAUUCUGUACAUAAGCUCUUUGGCUCGUGAACCUAAUUGUAAACCUUCAGGUAUUUUUGUACAAAUAAGGGACUGAUACUGUUUCUUGUAAUUAGAAAUAAACAUUAAUACAGUGUUCUUCA